AUGUCACCGCCGCUGCCUGUGCUGCCGCUGUUGCUGCUAACUGCUGUCAGCCUGUGUGGCGCAAACUUCUCCGAGCUGGGCCUGUGUCCGCAGGCGCCCCGCCAGACGGACGUCGCCAUCGGGAGGCUCGCCGGCAUCUGGUACGAGCAGAUGCGCUACAGGGACCCCGGCUUCCGGGCGCGUUGCACGCGGCUGGUGCUGACGCCGCUCGCCGACGGUCGCGUCCGGAUAAACGAGACGCGCCUGGACGCGGCCGACGGCAGCCGGUACGAGACGGCGGACGUGGCGCGGCUGGACGACGGCCUGCUCCGAACCGCGAGCUCCGACUACAUGGUGAUAGCGACCGACUACCGGCAGCACAGCAUGCUGCAGCUGUGUCGCCAGUACCGGGGCUUCCACGACGACUGCCCGGUCGCCUGA